AUGGCGCAGGUGUUUAACCCACCAGGACCAAAAAGUCUCCGUCUUUUCACCCGUGAAUCUCUUAAGGCCAUCGAGAGCCGGAUCACGGAGGGGAAUGCCAAUAAGUCAAAGGAGAAAGGGGAGAGGGAUAAAGAUGAUGGAAGUGGAACAAAACCCAACAGCGGCCUGGAGGCCGGGAAAAAACUGCCAUUUAUAUAUGGAGACCCUCCGAGAAAUCUACUGUCCACACCACUGGAAGAUCUCGACCAGUUCUACAGCAAACAGACAACUUUUAUAGUAGUGAACAAACAGAAGACAAUCACGCGCUUCAAUGCCUCUCCUGCCUUGUGCAUUUUCAGUCCCUUCAACCCUCUGAGGAGAAUAUCAAUUAAGAUUUUGGUGCAUUCAGUGUUCAGCAUGAUUAUUAUGUUUACCAUACUGGCCAACUGCGUUUUCAUGACCGACUCACAACAACAGGACACGAACAAGAAUGUUGAGUUCACAUUCACUGGGAUAUACACCUUUGAAGCGCUUAUAAAGAUUACGGCUAGGGGAUUCUGUGUGGGUCAGUUUACAUUCCUCAGGGAUCCGUGGAACUGGUUGGAUUUUAUUGUUAUUGUAAUGGCAUAUGUAACAGGGUUUGUGGAACUGGGUAAUGUGUCCGUCCUUAGAGCGUUCAGAGUUUUGCGAGCCCUCAAAACCAUAUCAGUCAUUCCAGGGCUGAAGACGAUUGUUCGGGCUCUGAUCCAGUCGGUGAAGAAGCUGGCCGAUGUGAUGAUAUUGACGCUGUUUUGCCUAAGUGUCUUUGCUUUGGUAGCGUUGCAGCUCUUUAUGGGUCUUUUAAGACAGAAGUGUGUGUUGCAGCCUGCCAACUCCACCCUUGAUGAGAACAAAGACCUGUAUCUCAACUGGACACCUGCCUGUAAUGGCACAGAGUUCUGUCAGGAUUAUAUUGAUAAUCCUGAUAAUCAUUAUAUGAUAGGAAAGAAAGCUCUGAUCUGUGGGAAAAGCAGGGAUGCGGGGCAUUGUCCAGAGGGAUAUAUCUGCAUGAAAGCAGGCACCAAUCCUGAUUUUGGUUACACAAGCUUUGAUAGCUUUGGCUGGGCCUUUCUCUCCUUAUUCAGACUGAUGACUCAGGAUUUCUGGGAGAGUCUUUACCAACAGACACUUCGGGCAGCGGGGAAGACCACCAUGAUUUUUUUUGUGUUGGUCAUCUUCCUGGGAUCUUUCUACCUGGUGAACCUGAUUCUGGCGGUGGUUGCCAUGGCAUAUGACGAACAGAACCAAGCCACUACUGAGGAGGCUUUGAAGAAGGAGGAGGAGUUUAGCAUCAUGAUUGAGCAGCUCAAGAGACAAGAGGAGGAAGAGCAGGCCACAGCAUCAAAUUGUGAUGAGCUCAGUGGAGGCAUAAAGGACAGCUCUUCUGACGCCUCCAAAUUCAGCUCCAAAAGUGCUAAGGAAAGGCGCAACCAUAGGAAGAAGAAACGUCAGGGGGAAGAGCGUCAUGGGGACGACGAGAAAGAUGAGGAUUCAAGCGUUAGAAAGAACAGCUUCCGAAACAACCGGCGCUCAUACAAGAGAACUUGCACAUCUCCAAACCAGUCCCCGCUAAGCUAUCAGGGUUCUCUCCUUACCCCCCAUCGGAACAGCAAAGCUAGCAUCUUCAGCUUCCGCGGCCGUUUGCUUUCCGAAAACAACCACGCUGACGAUGAGCAAAGCAUCUGUGAGGAGACAGGCAGCCGAAAAGACUCGCUGUUUGUACCAUGUCAUACUGAACGUCAUAACAGCAGGGUUAGAAGAGACAGCCUGACACCACGCAUACUGCCCUCUGACAGAAAAGUGCGCUACGUGGUCGACAGCAACAGUGUGGUGAUGGUGGUGAGCGGAGCUUCUACACCCAACUCUCCCUCAGCCAUACUAACGCCGCAGGUGUCCAGAAAAAAAGCCAUGUUUGAUGACACUUGUGGAGACAUAGAUGAAGAGUUCAGAGAACGAUGUGAUUCACAACGUUUCUCAGUGGAUUUUCUACACAACCAGUCAGUGAGACAACGAACUCUGAGUGUAGUGAGUGUCAGCAACAACCCUGACUGGUCUGAUGUUUGGAAACAGAAGUGUGUAGAGUGCUGGUAUGAUUUUGCUGAGAAUUAUCUAAUUUGGGAUUGCUGUCCUGCAUGGCUGAGGAUAAAGAAGAUUGUCCACAUGAUUGUCAUGGACCCGUUUGCUGAUCUGUUCAUCACCAUUUGCAUCGUGAUAAACACUGUCUUCAUGGCCAUGGAAUAUCAGCCCAUGGGGGUUUUGUUUUCCAAAAUGCUUUUAGAUGCCAAUUCGGUUUUCAUCGCAAUAUUUACAGCGGAAAUGAUUUUAAAGAUCAUUGCUUUGGACCCAUAUAAUUAUUUUCAGGGAGGCUGGAAUAUUUUUGACAGCAUCAUAGUCACUCUUAGUCUGCUAGAGCUUUGUUUGACAAAAGUGUUUUCUGGAGUGGGUUUCCUUAGGCCAUGCCGAUUGCUAAGAGUCUUCAAACUAGCUAAGUCCUGGCCGACUUUGAACAUGCUAAUCAAGAUCAUAGGUAACUCACUGGGGGCUUUGAGUAAUCUGACAUUGGUGCUAGCCAUCAUCGUCUUCAUCUUUGCGGUGGUUGGCAUGCAGCUGUUUGGAAAGCGCUACCGUGACUGUGUGUGUAAGAUUUCUGAUGAUUGCACUCUGCCUCGCUGGCACAUGAUCGAUUUCUUCCACGCAUUCCUCAUUGUCUUCAGGGUGUUGUGUGGGGAGUGGAUCGAGAACAUGUGGGAUUGUAUGCGUGUGUCGGUGAAGGACCAGCACAUGUGCUUGAUAGUCUUCCUCAUGGUCAUGGUGAUUGGGAAUCUGGUGGUUCUAAACCUGUUCCUCGCGCUGCUGCUCAGCUCCUUUAGCACUGACAACCUCGCGGUCACCAAUGAUGAAUGCAAGAAGAACAACCUACAGAUCGCAGUUGGCCGAAUCAAGAAAGGCUUAGCCUAUGUUAAGGCCUGUCUGCAAAGUUUCUUCCGAAGCAGCUGUUUAAGACGCAAGAAUAAAAAACGAGAUGGGACCAUGCAAUCGAUGAACAGCUUUGAAAUAAAAGACAACCCCAACCAAACUGCAUUAGAGCUGUUUAAAGACCCUGGAGGAAUGGCCGAGGUGGAUAGAGUUGGUGAGAAUUUCAUCAGCAACCCAAGCCUGACCAUCAGUGUCCCAGUCGCUGUAGAAGUGUCUGAUUUUGACUGCCUUAAAAGGGAAGAAUUGGGCAGCUUUUCAUCUGACCUAGAUGAAGAUAAAGAGAAGCUGACUGACGUUGAUACGAUCUCUUCUGAGGGCAGUACUGUGGAUCUCAGACACUUUGGACAUAGAGAAGACACAGUGGACUUUGAGAUGGAGGAAUCCACAGAGCCAGAAGCCUGUUUCACACCAGGGUGUGUCCGGAUGUUUUCAUGCUGCCAGGUGAAUGAUGAGAAGGGCUUUUGGAGAACAUGGUGGAUUCUGAGACAAGCUUGCUUCAAAAUAGUGGAGCACAGCUGGUUUGAGACCUUCAUCAUCUUCAUGAUUUUACUUAGCAGUGGCGCUUUGGCAUUCGAGGACAUUUACCUUGACAAAUGGGAAACCAUAAAGAAGAUUCUGGAAUAUGCAGAUCAAGUUUUCACUUGGGUCUUCAUUCUUGAAAUGCUGCUGAAAUGGGUUGCAUAUGGAUUUGCCAAAUACUUCACCAAUCUCUGGUGCUGGCUGGAUUUUGUAAUUGUUGAUGUCUCACUGAUCAGUCUGGUGGCCAAUGCCAUGAAUAUCACGCAGCUGACCUCCAUCAAAUCUCUCCGAACUUUGAGAGCACUCAGACCACUGAGAGCACUCUCACGCUUUGAGGGAAUGAGGGUGGUUGUGAACGCUCUUCUAGGUGCCAUCCCCUCCAUCUUAAACGUUCUGCUGGUCUGUCUGAUCUUCUGGCUGAUUUUUAGCAUUGUGGGUGUCAACUUCUUUGCCGGAAGGUUUUAUGAAUGUGUAAAAAUUGACACCGAUCAGCGGCUGCCUCUUGAAGAAGUCAACAAUAAAACACAAUGUGAAUCAUCUAAAAAUAAUGGAACUCACUGGAAACAUCUGAAGAUUAACUUUGACAAUGUUGGGAACGGAUACCUGGCCUUGUUACAAGUGGCCACCUUUAAAGGCUGGAUGCCCAUAAUGUAUGCGGCAGUAGAUUCUCGUGAGAUAAACGAUCAGCCAAUCUACGAGGCAAAUAAGUAUAUGUACAUCUUUUUCAUCGUCUUUAUCAUCCUUGGCGCUUUUUUCACAUUAAACCUCUUCAUUGGAGUCAUCAUUGACAACUUCAAUCAGCAGAAGAAAAAGAUUGGAGGUCAGGAUAUUUUCAUGACAGAAGAGCAGAAGAAAUACUACAAUGCAAUGAAGAAGCUUGGAUCGAAGAAACCUCAAAAACCUAUUCCAAGACCAACUAACAAGAUUCAAGGAUUCAUCUUUGAUGUCGUAACCAACCAGGCCUUUGAAAUUUUCAUUAUGGUAAUGAUAUGGCUCAAUAUGGUGGCUAUGAUGGUGGAAACUGAUAAUCAGACCACUGAAACGAAGGAUGUACUGCACUGGAUCAAUUUAACAUUCAUUGUGUUCUUCACCGGCGAAUGUUUGCUGAAGAUUUUCGCGCUACGACAUUACUUCUUUACCAAUGGCUGGAAUGUAUUUGAUUUUGUCAUUGUCAUUAUGUCUAUAGUUGGCUUUUUUCUUGCAAAAGUCAUUGGGAAAUACAUCUCACCCACCUUAUUUCGGGUAAUUCGCCUUGUACGGAUUGGCCGCAUACUACGUCUUAUUAAAGGUGCUAAGGGAAUACGGACCCUUCUCUUUGCUUUGAUAAUGUCACUUCCAGCCCUCUUCAACAUUGGACUUCUGCUUUUCCUCGUUAUGUUCAUCUACGCCAUAUUUGGCAUGUCAAGCUUUGCCAAUGUCAAGAAAUCGGGAGGCAUUGAUGACAUGUUCAACUUUGAGACAUUUGGCAACAGCAUGUUGUGUUUGUUCCAGAUCACUACCUCGGCGGGUUGGGACGGCCUCCUGGCACCAAUGCUUAAUACUGAAUAUCCUUAUUGUAACUCAACAGACAGCAAAGGUGACUGUGGCAACCCACCUAUUGCCAUCUCCUUUUUUGUCAGCUACAUCAUUAUAUGUUUCCUGAUUGUGGUGAACAUGUACAUCGCUGUGAUAUUGGAGAACUUCAGUGUGGCCACUGAAGAGAGUGCAGAACCUUUAAGUGAAGAUGACUUUGACAGGUUUUACGAGGUUUGGGAAAAGUUUGAUCCUAAAGCCACCCAAUUUGUGGAAUACAGCAAGUUGUCUGACUUUGCAGAUUCUCUGGAUCCUCCAUUGCGUAUACCCAAACCCAACAGACUCCAGCUGAUCUCCAUGGAUUUGCCGAUGGUGAGUGGUGAACGAAUUCACUGUCUGGAUAUUUUGUUUGCAUUCACCAAACGUGUUCUCGGGGAAGGCGGUGAGAUGGAUGUCCUUCACAGACAAAUGGAAGAACGAUUCAUGGCUUCCAACCCCUCCAAGGUCUCCUAUGAGCCCAUCACCUCAACCUUACGCAGAAAGCAUGAAGACAUGUCGGCCGUUGUAAUCCAGAAAGCCUUUAGGAUUCACAGGAUUAGGCAUAUUAAAUUCAACAAAAAGUACAGAGAGACAAAACAGCAAAACGGGAAGGUCGCGAAAAAACUCAAUAGUUAAAGACAAGUUUAACAAUAUCGGCACUUCAUGAAAUUCCGACCUUCCACGUUUACACAAAUACAAGAAAGACAAGCCUGAGAAAGAAAAGGAGGGCAAAGUUCAAAGAGGAUACAAGUAAUUUCACUGACACAGGAACAAUUUUUACAACUUCAAAAGGUUGUUUGUUAGUUGACCUUGCCUUUGUGCCGUGUAUGUCUAUAUCAUACUACCUGAACAUACUUUGUGCCUAUUCUUGAGCUGUAAUUAACAUAGCUAAGGGGUGUUCACACUGAUGUUGAAUGGCAAUGACAAAUCGACCUGAAGUCAUUCAAAGGGAAUUGGCGAUUUCUGGAGACAAAGAGCCUAACCUGAUGGAACUGAACAGCAAUGCGAUUCAGUGACUACAAAUGGAAGUGCAGACAGUGAUCUGCCUAAUGAUGAAACGGUUGAGUGAAAAUGUCUAAAAGCGUCCAACAGCACUGGGACUCGCUGACCUCCAGCAACUUAAUCGCUGUCUGUAUAAACUUGUGCUUUAGGACGUGAAGUUGCUAUGUUUAUCCUGUUUCAUUCGCUGACUAUAAAUGGCGAUGUACCCAAUGUUGCUGAGGUAUCUCUUUAUGGAAAUGAGUGUCAUGAUCUGAAAUGUGUAGUUGGACUGUGUGUUCUCCAGCAGCUAUGCAUGCCAGGGCUACACUAAGUGUCUUGCAUUUAAACAAUUCAACUAGAAUUGUAAAAAUAAAAAUGACUGUUUUCAAACAAGUUGCAAAGACUCUGCCAUUGGUCAAACAGAUAGCUCUGCCUCAACUUCACAACAUUGAUUGAGGAACUGUUGUAAGGUCUGGCCCAGGAGGUCAAGAUUUGGCUGAUUAGCUUUAGCUGUAACUGUUGUAAAGAUGUUGUAAAUAUACCAGUAAGCUCAUCUACAAAAAGUUGCUUCAGACACAAAAGUGGCGUUUACAUCCACUAUAUGAGUGGUGUACUCUUUACAUGCAGCUCAGUCAUUACACAUUAAUGAAGUAACUAGGUUUGGGAUCGAUGCAUUUUUCACACAUCAGUAAUUUGAAAAUUUUCCAGAUGAUUAUCGAUAUAUAUCAUUUUUCUGAUAUAAAUAGGGAUGCUCGUUGUACAAUAGUCUUUUUCUCUUAAGACAUAUUACUGAACUCAGACAUAUUUCUCAACACAACUUUGGUAAAAUGUUAGCAAUAGGGUUAUUUGAAGUGGCGGACGACUUGGCGCAUCUAAAAUUCGAAACAAUUAUUUUCUACAAAGGUAUGCACACUGCCACUGCUAUCCAUCUCCGGAGGCUGCUCAUAAUUCUGCAGUGCCACAGAACUUGCAUAAUUUUGCAUUAAAUUCCACACAAAUCAUUUCAAAGGACAAACAUUAUUUACUCUAGCCAUCACUGGAUGAUGUAUUGUGUAUAUGUAUAUUCCAUAUAGCCUACACAAUGUAAUUUCAGUUACAAGUAUGUCUUUUUGUGGUUUGACAGAUUGAAUGAAACCUCCAAAUAAUUUAUAAUCGUUCAGUUUGUGCAGUAACACCAGUUUCAUACACUAACUGCAAACUCAUCAGUGUCAUUUUGUUGUUCAUUCUUGAAGAAUUACAAAAACCUUUGUAACGUUUGUGUGUAUGGUAACUACAUCCACAACUUAGCGACAUUGUUCUGCAAUAGUGGGGUUUUCCUCCUAAGUCAUACUCUGGAAUUCCCCCAGCGCAUUUGAGGGUAUAUGCACACUCUUCAAAAACACAAAGAAACGCAGCUUGUGUGUUUACAUGGCCUCAUAAGCUGGGUUCUCUGGCAGAAACAUUGGUGCUUUAAACAGCUUUCUCUUGAGCCCUUAAAUGCAGAAAGGAAAGUAGAGAUUGCAUUUACAUGAUGUUUCAGAACAACACUUUUGGCAAAAAUCCUUGAAUAAGUGCAUGUAAAUGGGGUCAUUAUGCGAGCAAAUAGAAUCUUUCUUAGUUUACAGCCAUUCAAAUGUAUCUGUAUAUUCUGACUGAAUACAGUUUUUGCUAGCAACAUAUACAGGUGGCCAAAAAUUUGGAAAAAUGUACAGAUUUUGCUCUUAUGUAAAUAUUUUUUUUUUUUAUAGUUUUAUAAAAACUUAAAAUACUUCAAAGUGUUUGAAUCCUCCAUGUGCAGCAAUGACAGCUUUUCAGAUACUUGUCAUUCUAGCUGUCAGUAUGUCCAGAUACUCAGGUGACAUUUCACCCCACACUUCCUGUAGCACUUGCCAUAGAUGUGGCUGUCUUGUUGGGCACUUCUCACGCACCUUACAGUCUAGCUGAUCCCACAAAAGCUCAAUGGGGUUAAGAUCCAUAACACUCUUUUACAAUUAUCUGUUGUCCAAUGUCAGUGUUUCUUUGCCCUUUUUCUUUUUGAUUUUCUGUUUCAAAAGUGGCUUUUUCUUUGCAAUUCUUCCCAUAAGGCUGCACCCCUGAGUCUUCUCUUUACUGUUGUACAUGAAACUGGGGUUGAGCGGGUAGAAUUCAAUGAAGCUGUCAGCGCAGGACAUGUGAGGCGUCUAUUUCUCAUCCUGAUGUACUUAUCCUCUUGUUUAGUUGUACAUCCACAUCUCUUUCUGUCCUUGUUAGAGCCAGUUGUACUUUGUGUUUGAAGACUGUAGUGUACACCUUUGUGUGAAACCUUCAGUUUUUGGGCAAUUUCAAGUAUCGUAUAGCCAUCAUUCCUCAAAACAAUGAUUGACUGAUGGGUUUUUAGAGAAACUGUUUAUUUUUGGCCAUUUCUGACCUAAUAUCAACGUGAAAAGGUCUGUUGCAUACUGUGGCAACUCAAAAACAAACACAAAGACGAUAUUAAGCUACCGGUAAUUUAUCAAACCAAAUAUCUUUCAGCAGUGUUUGAUAUAAUGGCAAGUGAUUGUCUAGUACCAAAUUAGCAAUUUAGCAUGAUUACUCAAGGAUAAGGUGUACAUCAGUAAUGUCCUGACUAUACAUUGUGAUCAGUUGAAUGCCACUUUGGUGAAUUAAAGUACCAAUUUCCUUCCAAUAACAGCAAAAUCUGGACAUUAUUCCAAACUUUUGGCCACCUGUAUAUCUAUCAAUCACAAACAUUGUAUUGUAUUGUAGAUGUUUUACUAAUGGCUACAUUUUCCCCCGACAUCAUUUUCCUGCAGCUCCAGAGUAAUGUUUUAUGAUUUAUAUAUUAAUGAAACAAAAUAUUUUUUUGCCAAUGAGCAAAGAUGGCAGUAUGCAAGUAUGCUCCAAUACACAUUUUAAAUUCCAUUUGUUGCCUCUAGUGUUGCAGAAAUUUCAUACUAGAAAAUUUUGUUUUCCAUCAUUUAGUUAUUUUUAUUAUGUUACCUGAGACUUAUUGUAUUUCUUUAAAGGUUCAAUGUACAAAUAUUGACCGUAAAUAACUACAGUUGAACCAGCGAGUCUGUCCUGGUUGUCAAUAGAAAAGUAGUUGUAAAUGCAUGAAUGCACACCUAUAGUCAUAUACAAAGGCCACUCAGUAUUUCACAAUGACUCACUGCCUCUCAGGUCUCUUAAACAUGCUAGAAAGCCAUUUGCACACGUGCCUUCCCUACAUACAUCUGCCUCGGUCAAGAGCUUCUUAUUUAAAAAAUAAAUAUUAAAAAAGCUUUAAUGAACUUUUAUAACCAUGUUGGUAAUCUGGACCUUGUUUACCUUGUCUUCAUACAAUGAAGCCAAAAGUUUAGUAAUUUUUUUUUUACUCAUAAAUUUGUCUUUAAACAUUAACGUAAUUGCAAUUUUAACAUUUGAUCUCAGAAAUGGACCUUCAAAUAUGUACAAAUUUUGUAGGAAUAUGCAAUCUAUUAAAUAAUUUCUACAAAACUUUAAAUUAUGAUUUGUAAACUAUAUAGGGAAUGUGAAAGGUUUCAACUAAAAGGUUAUGCAUCUUAAAAGCUAAAGAUGACAGGACUAGAACUAGAAAUUAUAUUGGAAAUGUAACUUUUUAUUUUGCUGACAUGAAAUUGUGACAUAGGGCUGUUUUUAUUUGUAUUAUGCAUUUUAUUAAUAACUUUAAAAGAAAUGUGUACCACUUUUAUUUACAAAAUUUUUCACCAAUUAAGGAAUGAUUGGGAUUAAAUUGUGAAAUUCUGAUUUUUUUUAUCAUCCGAUUUUUGUUUGGCAUGCAGAUCUAUCUUUGCGAUAAAGACUUAGUCGACUGUUAGUUAUAAUCGAAGAAUUGUGACAUCAGAAUUCCUGUAUUGUUUACAUUUUUAUAGUCAUGAAUUUGAUAAUUUAGUUCAAAGAGAUGGUUUAAUUUUAUUUUUCAAAUAAACACUAUUAUACAAUACAGUCUGUAUAACUACUCCAUGUGAAUGUGACAUGUAUUGAGAAAUUGAAUAUAGGUAUAUUAUGAAUUUUACAUACAAAUAUCAAAGUAGCUUAACAAUACAAAAAACAUACAGUAGCCUUUUAUAACCUAUGCAUCAUGUUUGUAGUCUGUGAGUUAACCUGUAAGCAAGACAUCAGUCUGUUCUUGAAGCCAAAAAAAUAAACUCAU